UUUUAAAUUAUCUUUUUUCAAAAUUCCGAGGAAAUGCACCCUCGGAAAUUUCCGACGAACAUUUCCUCGGAAUAAGUCGUCGGAAUAUACCGAGGGCCACGUUCCUCGGAAUUUUCCGAGGGCCACGUUCUUCGGAAAUUCCCGAUGAAAAUUCCGAGGAACGUUUCGUCGGAACUUCCGAGGAUUGGACCAUCGGAAAGUCCAUCGAAAUAUUCCGAGGAAGUCCUCCCUCAGUAUAUUCCGAGGACUUUUCCGACGAACUGGUGGUCCUCAGAGUUUCCUCGGAAAUUCGUUUCCUCGGAAAUUCGUUUCCUCGGAAUUCCGUCGGAAAUUUUCAAGGGAUUUCCGAGGAAUAAUGAAUUUCCGAGGAGUUUUUUCCGAGGGAUUGUUUCGUCGGUAUGUCGUCGGAAUACUGUUAUUCCGACGACAUACCGACAAUUUUUUCCCUCGGUAUGCCGCUGUUUUCUUGUAGUGGUAUCUAACGAUCAGUCUCUAUAUACUAAUAAUCAAAACCAGAAUUAUCUACUAAGGCAACUACAUUAACAACUAAAGUUCUUUAGCUCAACUCGAUUCAUCAAACAGCCGUAAAUUUUAUAUAAAUCUGCUAUCCAACCAAUCACAAAUCAACCGACCGAACGAAAAUGAUCCGAGAAUGAAACUAAGGAGACGUUAAAACACCUUUAAAGACCUCCGCCAUUGAACCUGAUGUCCCUCUGCAAAUAGACGUCGUACGUCUGGUCACUAAUUUAGAAUCUUCAUAUGUCACCACUAAUUGACAGCUCCAACGCGUUGUAAUCAUAGGGAAGAUUAAGAAGUGCUAAGUAAGGUCUGGAUUCUUCGGAAACCCAGAAGCCUCGACUCGACGAUGUUUCCGUCGGCUAGAGUUUUUCUACUCGCUACCGAACGAAGAUGAUGAGAUACGUAAACAAAGUGAUGGCCUAGAAUAAAAAUUGUUUUGUUAUAGAGGAAUGGUUAGACUAAAUCAUGAAAAUCAUUGUAUAGAUUUGGUUUAGAGUAAUAUAAAUCUCAAAGUCUCAAAAACGAAACCCAGUUUCAUGGUGUAUAAAACAGAUAUUGUAUAAUUAAAGUAGUAAUUGUGUAUAGUUAGAGUAAAUAAUUGUUGGACCAAAAAAUAAUAAAUAGUUAGAUAGUCCAACAACUUUGUUUAAGUAGAUUUUAUAGAACUUCUUCCCUUUUAAAAGUAUUUGAUUACCUACGUUUAAGUGCAUGUUUUUUCUAAACCAGACGUUUAACAGCAUGUUGCAUCCUGCGACUUGCAAACUACUUCUAUUUAAAGAGAAAAAGGCGCUCUCUCUCCUCUCGAAACUCUCUAACUUUUCUCUAGGGUUUCACCUUCAUUGUUAACUGUUUCUCCGGUGCCGCCGCGUCCUUUUGGCGGUUGCCGGAGCCCCUGUUGUUUUCCUUCUCCUCUGUUUCUCCUUGUUAAUCUCUCUGUGGUCUUCGCUUGUUUCAAUUUACGGCGGAGGUAGUUCUCUUCGGUGGUCCUCCAAUUCAGAUGUGGCAAGUCCGGAGCAGAUUUGGGUUGUGUUUGGCGUCGUCGGUGUUGCUAGAGGACGGCUUCCUGGUCGUCAUGCCCUUCUCCAGUUUUGUUCCGACCUUGCUGUUUGGAGGGUUUUCAAAUCUCUGCGGUGGAGUUCUUCGAGGCAGUGGUGCGUGAGGCGUCGGUUAGCUCCUCUUGAGGUCGUCUCCUUCGUCACAUGAUGCGUGGCUGUUAUGGAGUUGUGUCUCGAGUAGGGCUAGGGGUUUGGGAUUCGUGGAUCUCAGAUCUCUUUUCCUCUGUUUUGGGUUCCUCUGGUGGUCUCCUGUGGUAGGCGUGUGGUGGCUCUGCUAGUGGGAGUUCUUCCUGUUCUUGUGGUUGUCACCGGUGACAGCGCGUCCGUGAGUUUCUGCUUCAGCGCGAGUUGUUGUGGUUUCUUCCCAAAAUUUUUGGGUACUGGCGUUGUGGCCCUCCGUUGCUCUGUCUCUUUCUCCUAUGAACGUUGGUGCUUCGUGACUGUUUCUGGAAGCGGAUGGGUCUUUGACGAUGAACAAACGUUAGUUGGGCUUUCAGCCUUCUUGCUUGCUUGGUGGUUAUUCUCCGGAGGUGGGUUCUCGACCGGUCUCACUGCUCUAUAUGGGCUUUCGGGUUCAACGGGUGUACACGGUCCCGGGCUUGAUAGCUGGAGGCAGCAAUCUUUAGUUCUCUUUCUCGAACGACGGCAUCGUCGGUUGUGUGAUCCUCCUCGUGCUGCCGGUUUUGAGCCUUUUGGGUGAGUAAGCCGGUUUGAGUUGUAAUUCUUUGGACAGGUAUUGGCUUGUGGAUAUUUCGGAAGCUGUAGGAGCCGGCUGCAACAAGGUAUGAGGGCGCCUUUCUCUCUGGUAUCUCGUGGCAACUGGAUGUUCAUACUGUUCACACCUAGUCCUCUGGUUCUUCACUGCUUCAUUAACGUUUGUUCAUUUGAUUAGUCUAGUCUUAAUUCAGCUUGGUUAUUGUUUGUUGCUUAGGUUCUCUCUGUUUAGUUUAAUUUUUGCAUCUCUGCUGCUAGUGUUCUUGUAACUUCUGUCAAAAACUUAAAAUCUGGUAUAAUAUUUAACAUUUUACCAAAAAAAAAAAAAAACUACUUCUAUGAUGUCAAAUUCAAUUGGUCUUAUUCUUACUUGCAAACUACUACAUUCUAUGAUGUCAAAUUCAAUUGGUCUAAUUCUUACAGUUAAACAAGUACUUCAUUCUCACAGCGUCAAGUAACGUUAACAACCCUUGAUUAAAAUGCCUAUUUUAAGAUAAAUUUAAAUCAUAAUUUUUUGUAAAAGAAUUAAAAUAAAAAGCAGAGAAACGUGGUAAGAGAGAAGGGAAAAGCGCCAAAGUCUGAGGCGAAUUGUAUGGUAGCUUCAAACAUUCCUAAAAUGGCGAUCUUCCCCCAAAAGAACAUUAUCUUUCCAUUAAACCAUUCUCGCAUUUCCUCAUACCAAUAUUUCAGACUAAAAUUGUUCAAAUAUAUUCUGAUAAGUUUUUGAUAGUGUAAAGAGAAUUGGAUGAGAGUUAAAGACAGAUGCAUCUAUGAAGACAGGUGAAUUACAACACUUGAUGCUUCUUGAGUUUAUCCGACGUUCUUCUUUCGGAUUUCUCAGAUGGAAUGGCAGAUCCUGCUAGUUAUGUCUAUCACGAGCGUGACAUCGACCAGGCACUUAUCGUUUUGAAAAAGGGAACUCAAUUAGUCAAGUACAGUCGAAAAGGGAAACCUAAAUUCCGUGCAUUCAGGCUAUCACCGGAUGAAAAAACGUUGAUUUGGUUUUCGCAUGGAGAAGAAAAAGGUUUGAAGUUAUCUGAAGUUUCUCGAGUUGUCCCUGGACAAAGAACUCCUGUCUUUAAGAGAUUUUUACGUCCAGAGAAAGACCACUUAUCGUUUUCACUUUUAUUCAAUAACAGAGAAAGGUCGCUUGAUUUGAUCUGUAAAGACAAAGCUGAGACAGAGAUUUGGUUUGCUGGCCUUAAGUAUUUAAUUGAAAGAAGUCGUAAUAGACGCGCAAGAAGUGAGAUACCUGAGAUAAACGACAGUGACUACUUCUCCACUGGUCGUCAAUCAAUAGACGUUUUUCCAAACAAUAUACCACGAGGUAGAACAUCAAUUGAUCUAGGCUCAGAUGUUGGAUAUGAACGUGGAAACAUGUUAAGACCAAGUACUGAUGGUUUUCGGAUCAGUGUCUCAAGCACACCAAGUUGUUCAAGUGGAGGUUCUGGUCCAGAUGAUAUCGAAUCAUUAGGUGAUGUUUACGUUUGGGGUGAGGUAUGGAGCGAUGGGAUACUACCAGAUGGCACAGUUACCAAAGAGACAGUGAAAACAGAUGUCUUAACUCCAAGACCCUUGGAAUCAAACGUAGUUCUUGAUGUUCACCAGAUUGUUUGCGGUGUAAGGCACGUUGCGCUUGUGACAAGACAAGGAGAAGUGUUUACUUGGGGAGAAGAAGCUGGAGGUAGGCUUGGACAUGGUAUUCAAGUCGACAUUAGUCGUCCGAAACUAGUUGAGUUUCUUGCUCUAACCAACAUAGACUUUGUUGCUUGUGGUGAGUACCACACUUGUGUUGUAUCAACCUCUGGAGACUUGUUUUCGUGGGGAGAUGGAAUCCAUAAUGUUGGGCUUUUAGGACAUGGUAGUGAUAUUAGCCAUUGGAUACCAAAAAGAGUCUCUGGUCCUUUAGAAGGUCUUCAGGUGCUGUCAGUUGCGUGUGGCACUUGGCAUUCGGCUUUGGCCACUGCAAACGGGAAGCUAUUCACGUUUGGUGAUGGUGCGUUUGGCGUUUUAGGACAUGGAAACAGAGAAAGCGUUUCGUGUCCUAAGGAAGUACAGUCUUUAAACGGUUUGAAAACGGUGAAAGUUGCUUGUAACAUUUGGCAUACCGUGGCUAUCGUCGAGGUUAUGGGACAGACCGGUACAAGUAUGUCAUCCAGGAAGUUGUUUACUUGGGGUGAUGGUGACAAAAACAGGUUAGGGCAUGGGAACAAAGAGACUUACUUGCUCCCCACGUGUGUCUCUUCACUUAUUGACUACAACUUUCACCAGAUCGCUUGUGGGCAUACAUUUACCGUCGCACUCACAACCUCAGGACAUGUUUUCACAAUGGGUGGGACUUCACAUGGUCAGCUAGGUAACUCAAUCUCUGAUGGUAAGUUACCUUGCUUGGUGCAAGACCGAUUAGUCGGAGAAUUUGUCGAAGAAAUAGCUUGUGGGGAUCACCAUGUGGCGGUUUUGACAUCAAGAAGUGAAGUCUUCACAUGGGGGAAAGGUGCUAAUGGAAGAUUAGGACAUGGUGAUACAGAUGAUAGAAGAACACCAACUUUAGUUGAAGCCUUGAGAGACCGGCAUGUGAAGAGCUUAUCUUGCGGCUCAAACUUCACAUCAAGUAUAUGUAUUCAUAAAUGGGUAUCCGGAGCAGAUCAGUCAAUCUGCUCCGGAUGUCGCCAAGCUUUCGGGUUUACUCGUAAGAGACAUAACUGUUAUAAUUGUGGUUUAGUCCAUUGUCAUGCUUGUAGUUCAAAGAAGGCUUUGAAAGCAGCAUUGGCUCCAACACCAGGGAAACCACACCGUGUGUGCGAUGCGUGUUACAGCAAACUUAAAGCCGCUGAAUCUGGCUAUAUAUCUAAUGGAAAUAGAACUAAUGUUGCAACCCCUGGACGAUCAAUGGAUGGUUCGGUAAGAAUAGAUAAAGGAACAACUAGGUCAUCUAAAGUCCUCUUGACGGGAAAUAAUACAGAAUCAGGCAAGACGUCAAGGCUUGGAGUUAGACCUGAUGCUUCUAGUGUCCGUGCCUCGCAAGUUCCUUCUCUCCAACAACUUAAAGAUAUUGCAUUCCCUACUUCACUAACCGCAAUUCAGAACGCUUUAAAACCUGUUGCUCCUGCUGCUGUUCCAGCUCGUCUACUAGCUGGACCAGUGGCAUCUCCUCCACCUGCAAGGUCCUCAUCGCCUUUACCUGUAAGAUCCUCCUCUCCUUACGCAAGAAGAUCGAGCCCUCCACGGACUUCUGGAUUUUCAAGGAGCGUUAUUGAUAGUUUAAAGAAGACUAAUGAAGUUAUGAACCAAGAAAUGACAAAACUACAGAGUCAGGUUAAGAAUUUGAAACAGAAAUGCAAUAAUCAAGGAACUGAGAUACAAAGAUUUCAAAAAGCAGCUAAAGAAGCCUUUGAAUUAGCUGCUAAGCAAUCUUCUAAACAUAAAUCAGCAACAGAAGCCCUAAAAUCUGUUGCAGAACAGUUGAAAGGGUUGAAGGAGAAAUUACCACCUGAAGUAUCAGAGAGUGAAGCUUUUGAUUCCAUUAAUUCUCAAGCUGAAGCUUAUCUAAAUGCAAACGAAGUAACAGAAACAUCUUUACUUACAACUUCGAUACUUGAUCAACAAGAAACAUCUCCUACUGGAAACACACAAGAUCAAAAGAUUGAUGAACAAGUAUCAUCGAACUCAAGUAUAUCCGAUACAUCGAAUUCAUCAAAGCCAGUACCAACAGAAUCUUCUUCUUCAUCGUCAUCAAAAACAGGUGGAAAGGAAAGUAAAGAACAGUUUGAACCUGGCGUAUACGUGACUUUUGCGGUAGAUGUGAAUGGAAACAAGAUCUUCCGACGAGUUAGAUUCAGUUGUUUUGUAGUAAAAAGAGAUUUGACGAACAUCAAGCAGAAGAUUGGUGGACUAAAAACAAAGAUAGGUUGCUCAAGUGGUAUAGUCCAAAUUCAUCAUCAAGUCCAGUGGCUUCUGAUUCAUCUAUCGCUCCUCCACCACCAUCUGAACCACCGUCUGAUCCAUCAGUCUCUGAGAAGGACAAUGAGGCAGAAGCAGAUUAACCAUGUGUGUAAGUUACGGUUGUGUUUCUUUUUUUCACAUGUACCAGUUAUAGAUACAAAAUGAAGUAUAUCUGAGGUUGUUUCUUAAAAAUUCUGAAACGGAAUGUUGGUAACUUGUAUUGCCUUAUGCAAAGAUAUGAAUAGUUUUGGAAAUAGGAUUUUAAUAUCUAGGAUCAUAUAGUUUUUACAA